AUGCCGUCCCUAUCCACAUCGACAUCGACCGGCUCGCGACACCGCAACACGGAAGCCACACCAAUCACGUCCACCGCCCCGCCUCCUACAGACUACCACUCCAUGACGCGCGACGCUGCGCCGUCUAUAGCGAAGGCCAAGGCGAUUGCGAAUGCAAAGGAUGCUGCGCCGCAAGAAGGCACUACAAGGACCGUGGAGAGAGGCGCAGCGCAGCAGCGCACGGGGAGUGCACGGCGGGGGGCAGCAGGGCGGUGGAGCGGCUUCUGGGAGGCGUGGGGGAGCGUAGAGUUGGAAAACAAGGGAAGCGUUGCGCGGGAUCAUCUGGCGUUGGAACGAACCUUCCUCGCCUGGCUCCGAACAAGCCUCUCCUUUGCCAGCAUCGGCAUCGCAAUCACGCAGCUCUUCCGCCUCAACUCGUCGCUGCGAUCAGACACCACCUCUUCCGACACCGACACCGACACCUCUCCCUCUUCCCCUUGCCCUCCCACCACAGACGCACAUCCAGCGUCUCUGCACCGCCUGCGCCACCUGGGCAAACCGCUCGGGGCGACCUUCAUCGGCAUCUCCAUGCUGAUGCUGCUGCUUGGCUUCCACCGCUACUUCGAGGCGCAGCACUACGUCAUCCGCGGCAAGUUCCCAGCCUCGCGGGGGAGCAUCCUGCUGGUUUCCGUCGUGGCGGGCGGCUUGAUUGUGAGUAGUCUGGUCGUCGUUCUCGCCGCGGGACCCAUGGGGUUCGAGAGCUAG